AAAGGAAAAGGGAGAACCAAACAAAAGGUGAGUUAUUUUAUUUUAACCUAAUUACUAAAACUUAGUGUUGAGUUUUCUUGUGAAAUUCUGGGUUGUUUCAUGUCAUGUCAUGCCUUAACCAGGUGAACAAUGAGUUUGUUGGCCCCAUUCUUUAUAUUAUUUUAACAAUAAAAUACCCGCCCAGAAGUUCAUUCAACUUCCUUUUUUGAUUUCGACAGUCCAAAAGAUCCCUCCCAUUCAGAAAACACAACACAUCCACAGCAAGCAAAAGCAAAAGUGAAAAAGAUUACAUCCCAAAAGCAACCAAAAAGCAAAUUCACACUUUGACACCAAACAAGCAACAUGUAUAUACAGUCAAGAUCCUAUUUUUAUACUCUCAACAAACUCAUGCAUACUUGCUUCUCUUCAUUCCCAAGUGUUUCUUGGCUUUCCAAAAAUGGCAGAAAUUGUUCCUGCAGAACCAAUUCAAGAAAGCACUUCUUCUGCUGCUAGUACUAGUAGAAGAGCUUAUACCACAAACAAUGAAAGAUCCUUCACUAGAUCAAUCACUUAUGGGCGUGACCAUGUGCCUGAGCCCUUUGAUAGUGAGAAGUUGCCAGUGACUCUGAUUUCGGAGAUUCAAAGAUUUCUUCGAGUAGCUAAUCUUAUCGAGUCAGAGGAACCUCGUGUGGCUUACCUUUGUCGUUUUCAUGCUUUCGAAGUAGCGCAUAACUUGGACAGGUAUUCGAAUGGCCGAGGAGUACGACAGUUUAAAACUUCGCUUCUUCAACGGCUUGAACAGGAUCAUGAAGUUACUUUCAGGAAAAGGAAGGAAAGGACUGACUUACGUGAACUUAGACUUGCUUAUCUCGAGUAUAAACACUUCAUCAUCAAACAUGGUGGAGAGAGUAAUCUAGAAAAUAGAGAAAGGCUGACUAAAGCACGUGUCAUUGCUUCAGUAUUAUUUGAAGUAUUGGAUACAGUGUCCAGAGCAGCAGGUGUUCAGGCUCUAGCAGGGAGUGAGAGUAGCGAUGUCAAAUCUGAACUCUUUGUGUCAUAUAACAUUCUUCCUCUUGAUCAGGGAGGAAUUCAUCAUGCAAUCAUGCUACUCCCAGAGAUUGAAGUUGCGGUUACUGCAGUUCGCGAUGUUCAUGGUUUGCCUUUCCUGGAAGAUUGUCUGAAACAAGAAGCCACCCUGGAUUUGUUCAAGUGGCUCCAGUUCUGCUUUGGAUUUCAAAAAGGGAAUGUGGCCAACCAGAGAGAGCAUUUAAUUUUAUUACUUGCUAACACGCAUGUUCGGCAGACUCAAAAGCAAGUAUUAGUACCCAAGCUAGGGGAUGUUGCUGUUGAUGAGCUGAUGAAGAAGUUUUUUAAAAAUUAUACAGAUUGGUGCAAAUUUUUGGGACGAAAAAGCAAUAUUAGGGUGCCAUAUCUGAAACAGGAGGCCCAGCAGUACAAACUUCUGUAUAUAGGUCUUUAUCUUCUGAUAUGGGGAGAGGCUGCUAAUUUAAGGUUUAUGCCAGAAUGCUUGUGUUACAUAUUUCACCAUAUGGCAUAUGAGCUGCAUAGCAUGCUAACUGGUGCUAUAAGCAUGACAACCGGAGAAAAGGUCAUGCCAGCUUACCAAGGAGAUUCAGAAUCUUUUCUCAACAAUGUAGUGUGUCCAGUGUAUCGUGUCAUAUCUGAGGAAGCAGAGAAAAACGAAAAUGGAACAGCUGAUCACUCGACAUGGAGGAACUAUGAUGAUCUGAAUGAAUUCUUUUGGUCUCCAGAUUGUUUUCAGAUAGGUUGGCCCAUGCGUCUGGACCAUGAUUUCUUUUGGGUAGGAUCUCAAAAUGAUGUAAAAGGUCGAAAAGAAAAGGCUUUUGUUGCCAACCCUGAAGACAACAAAAAGGAUGCUAACGAAGAUGAAGAAACGGGGAUCCUUGUGGAUGAGAAGCGUGAAAAGAAGUGGCCGGGGAAGACGAAUUUUGUAGAAAUCCGCUCAUUUUGGCAGAUUUUCAGAUGCUUUGACAGGAUGUGGAGCUUUUUUAUCCUAUCACUUCAGGCAAUGAUAAUUAUGGCAUCUCACGAUUUGGAGUCUCCUCUACAAGUCUUUGAUGCAACAGUACUCGAGGACGUUAUGAGCAUCUUCAUCACAUCAGCGGUUCUUAAACUUGUAAAUGCUAUUCUUGAUAUCAUCUUUACAUGGAAAGCUCGAUGUACAAUAGACCCCAAUCAAAGUUUGAAACAUGCGCUGAGGGUGGUUGUUGCUAUGAUGUGGACCAUCAUUCUUCCCAUAUAUUAUGCUAGUUCUCGUAGAAAAUAUACUUGUUAUUCAACACAAAAUGGGAGUUGGCUUGGAGAGUGGUGCUAUUCUUCCUAUAUGGUUGCAGUUGCAUUCUACUUGAUGACCAAUGCAGUGGACAUGGUUCUAUUUUUUGUGCCUGUCGUUGGAAAAUACAUCGAGACCUCCAAUUACCGGAUAUGCAUGUUUUUAACCUGGUGGACUCAGCCUAAGCUAUAUGUUGGGCGAGGAAUGCAAGAAAGCCAAGUCUCCCUUCUGAAGUAUACCAUUUUUUGGCUGUUAUUAUUAAUAAGCAAAUUCAUAUUUAGCUACACAUUUGAGAUAAAACCACUUAUAUCACCUACAAGACAGAUCAUGGCAGUCGGAGUAAAAGAUUAUGACUGGCACGAGCUUUUCCCUAAAGUCAAGAGCAAUGCUGGAGCGAUAGCUGCUAUAUGGGCUCCAAUUGUACUUGUAUAUUUCAUGGAUGCACAAAUCUGGUAUUCUGUGUACUGUUCCGUGUUUGGCGGAGUGUAUGGAAUCCUCCACCAUCUUGGUGAGAUUCGGACUCUAGGAAUGCUGAGAAGUAGAUUUUACUCAUUACCUGAGGCUUUCAGUGCUCGUCUUGUCCCACCCGAAGCAAAAGAUUCUAGAAACAGUUUAAUGAAUUGGCUUGUCCCUUUGACGUUCCAAUUCCAAAAGAACUUUCACUUAUCAGAAAGGGAAAAGAGCAAUAUUGUGAAGUUUGUUCUUGUGUGGAACCAAAUCAUCAGUAGCUUCCGGGAGGAGGACGUGAUAAGUGACAGGGAGAUGGAUUUGAUGAAAAUACCUGUAGUAUCAGAAUUAUUCUCUGGUCGAGUUUAUUGGCCCAUUUUUCUUUUAGCAGAUAAGCUUUCAAAUGCAAUAUCUAUUGCACGAGACUUUGAGGGAAAGGAUGAAGUACUUUUAAGAACAAUGAAGAAGGAUACAUACAUGUAUAUGGCUGUGACAGAGUGUUAUGAAUCGCUGAGAUACAUCUUCGAAAUUCUUGUUGUUGGUGACCUUGAGAGAAGGGUUAUUUCUGGUAUAUUAGCUGAAAUUGAGGAAAGUAUUCAAAGAUCAACACUUCUCAAGGACUUGAAGAUUAGCGAACUGCCAGUUCUAUGUGCCAAGUGCAUUACUUUACUUGAACUUCUGAUUGAGGGAAAUGAAAGCCUUCAUAACAAAGUCGUAUUGGCAAUUCAAGAUAUCUUUGAGCUUGUAACAAGCGAUAUGAUGUUAAAUGGAUCAAGAACAUUGGAGUCACUUGAAGCUCACUUGCAUAGUGGGGAAGGGGAAGAGGUCGCUGAACUUUUCAGCUGGAUUGAAACACCUCUGUUUGCGUCUAAGCAUUCGAUCCAUUUUCCAUUGCCAGAUAGUGAUUCCUUAUUGGAAAAGACCAAGCGGUUUCUUUUACUGCUUACUGUCAAAGAUAAAGCACUGGAUAUACCAACCAACUUGGAGGCUCGGAGGAGGAUUUCCUUUUUUGCCACUUCUCUGUUUAUGAACAUGCCAAGUGCUCCAAAGGUGCGGAACAUGUUAUCUUUCAGAUUUCAACAAGUAAACCAACUUAUAGGGACAUGUUUACCUGGCAGUGUUCUAACUCCACAUUUCAUGGAGGAAGUCAAAUUUUCAAAGAAGGAGCUCAAUUCAAGAAAACAAGGGGUCUCUAUCCUUUUCUAUAUGAAAAAGAUAUUUCCAGAUGAAUGGGAAAACUUUUUGGAGCGCAUGGAAAGGGAACGAAUAGAUGAAUCUAAUGACGAAAUUGAAGAAGAAGAAGAAGAAGAGAGAAAUUGGGCUUCUUUCCGAGGGCAAACUCUAAGUAGAACAGUCCGAGGAAUGAUGUACUUAAGGAAAGCGCUCAAGUUGCAAGCUUUUCUUGACAUGGCUGAGGAAUGCGAUAUCCUCCAAGGUUAUGAUGCAAUUGAGAGGAAAAAUGAUACAUUAUCAGCUCAACUUGAAGCUUUGGCGGACAUGAAAUUUACACAUGUUGUCUCUUGUCAAAUAUAUGGAUUACAAAAGACUACUGGUGACCCUCAGUCUCAAGACAUACUAAAUUUGAUGAUUAGGUACCCUUCUUUGCGUGUUGCUUAUGUUGAGGAGAAAGAAGAAAUUACAAAAGGAGAAAUUACGCCAGACAGGACACGAAAAGUUUAUUCAUCUAUUCUAGUUAAAGCUGUUAACGGUUUUGAUCAGGAAGUAUACCGCGUGAAGCUUCCAGGUCCACCAAAUAUUGGAGAAGGAAAACCUGAAAAUCAAAAUCAUUCCAUAAUUUUCACACGUGGUGAAGCUCUCCAAGCAAUUGACAUGAACCAGGAUAACUACUUAGAAGAAGCUUUGAAAAUGCGAAAUAUCUUGCAAGAGUUCCUGAAAGACCAUGGUCGGCGUCCUCCCACAAUACUUGGCAUGAGAGAACACAUAUUUACAGGAAGUGUUUCUUCUUUAGCUUGGUUUAUGUCCUAUCAAGAGACCAGCUUUGUCACCAUUGGCCAGAGGCUUCUGGCUAAUCCACUCAGAGUCAGGUUCCAUUAUGGGCACCCUGAUGUGUUUGACCGAGUAUUUCAUUUGACGAGAGGUGGCAUUAGCAAAGCAUCCAAAACAAUCAACUUGAGCGAAGAUGUUUUUGCAGGAUUUAACACAACUCUGAGAGGGGGACAUGUCACAUAUCUUGAGUACAUGCAAGUUGGAAAAGGUCGCGAUGUAGGCCUUAACCAGAUUUCAAAGUUCGAAGCUAAAGUUGCUAAUGGAAACAGCGAACAAACAAUCAGCCGUGAUAUGUACCGUCUUGGUCAUAGAUUUGACUUCUUCCGGAUGCUCUCUUGUUAUUUUACAACGGUUGGCUUCUACUUCAACAGCCUGAUAUCAGUGAUUACGAUUUAUGUGUUUCUUUACGGUCAGCUAUACAUGGUAUUAAGUGGUCUACAGAGAGCGCUUCUCGUUGAGGCAAAAUUGCAAAACAUAAAAUCACUGGAAACAGCUCUAGCUUCUCAAUCAUUUAUCCAGCUUGGACUUUUAACAGGUUUACCCAUGAUCAUCGAGUUGGGACUUGAGCGAGGGUAUCUUAAUGCCCUUAAAGAUUUUGUUCUCAUGCAAUUGCAGCUGGCUGCUGUUUUCUUUACAUUUUCCUAUGGUACAAAAUCCCAUUACUAUGGCAGAACAAUUCUCCAUGGGGGUGCCAAGUAUAGACCCACUGGUCGUAAAGUUGUGGUUUUUCACGCCAGCUUCACUGAAAAUUAUAGACUUUACUCUCGGAGUCACUUUAUCAAAGGAUUUGAACUGCUGCUCCUGUUGAUUGUUUAUGAUUUGUUUAGGCGAUCAUACGAGAGCAAUAUGGCAUAUGUUUUAACAACAUAUGCAAUAUGGUUCAUGUCAUUUACUUGGUUGUUAGCACCAUUUCUGUUUAAUCCAUCUGGAUUUGACUGGGGCAAGAUAGUGGAUGACUGGAAAGAUUGGAAUAAGUGGAUCAAUCAGCAAGGUGGUAUAGGGAUACAACAAGAUAAAAGUUGGCAGUCUUGGUGGAACGAUGAACAAGCCCAUCUUCGUCAUGCAGGGCUAUUUUCUAGGUUAAUUGAGAUACUCCUUUCACUAAGAUUUUUCCUUUACCAGUAUGGACUGGUCUAUCACCUUGAUAUAUCAGGUGGACAAAAAAGUUUCGUUGUCUAUGUGCUCUCAUGGGUUUUCAUUGCUUUUAUUUUCCUCUUGGUCAAGGUGCUGAAUAUUGGAAGGCGGUUUUUAAGUGCAAACCAUCACUUAACUUUCCGUUUGUUCAAAGCUUUUCUUUUCCUAGGAGUUGUAGCUACUAUUAUUGCCCUGUCAAUCGUAUGUCAUCUGUCCGUGAGAGACUUGAUCAUUUGCUGUCUAGCUUUUCUACCAACUGGUUGGGGCUUGAUAUUGGUCGGGCAAGUAGUGAGACCCAAGAUUGAAGGUACUGGAUUGUGGCACUUCACUCGGGUUUUUGCUCGGGCUUAUGAUUUUGGAAUGGGUGUUGUUCUUUUCGCACCUCUAGCUGCAUUGGCUUGGCUUCCAAUAAUUUCAGCUUUCCAAACUCGGUUUCUGUUCAAUGAGGCUUUCAGUAGGAGGCUGCAAAUUCAGCCAAUUCUUGCAGGAAAGAAGAAUCAUUAGUGAUCUCAACUUGAUUUUGAAAUACAUAAACUUGCAUGUACACAUAUUUUUCUGUUACUGUAGAAUAGCAAGUUGUCCAGGUAACUUCAGCAAAAUAGUAGUAGAUGAGGUUAUGCACCAAAACAUCUUGCCAUGUGGAUAUACUCCACGGGGAAACUAAUAGGUUAUAGAUUCUUUCAUGUACAGAUAGAGUAAUUUAGUAGGCUAUUGUGUAUAGACAUUGAUGAAUAACACACAUUCUUAAAAUCCAAUCCUUCUAAAAAGUUUUUGUUCAUCAGUACAGUGCCUAAUCACAGAGAAUAAUUGCAU